AUGUCAUACUACAACAAUAAUCGUGGCAACAACAGCAAUAACAAUAAUCGUAUAAAUGAGCAAGAUGUGCCUAAAUCAAAACAUACCAUUUUUAUACGUGGAUUACCCGGAGAUCUUACUACCGAUGAAGUCAAGUAGGUUUGCGGGGUACUGUGGGUUAUUCGCGGCGAGACCUGGAGCUUUAUUUUGAUACCAAACAAGCCUGGGUUUGCACCAGAAUUGCGCCAGCAGUGAACCUUGACGCUUUUCCAGGUCUCAAAGCGCUAUAUAUAUUUUCCAUCUCUAAAAAUCACCAACUUCAGAUCUCUCCAAUUUUAUUUUUCAUUUUUCAUUAAUUUUUUCUCCAAUUUUCUCUUUUUAUCAAUCAAUUUCCAAUCAAUUAUAAUUAAUUAAUUCUAUACAUAAUUAUCAUCUCUACUAAUUAGUUAAUUAAUUAAUUAUCGAUUCCACCGCAAUGUUUAGGGAUUAUAUAGAGGAUCGAUUGAGCAAAAUCACUUUUGAUUUUGUCAAACUCACAGCGGAUCGAUCGAAGUUAUUUGUGGCGGUGAGAUUUGAGAGUCGCGAUGAGGCGAGAGAAUUUAUGGAGAGGUGAGUCGGAAAAUUAUCAAGUUCGCUCUAUUGAACAUAGGGCGCUAAAUUGAAAAUUUCAAAAAGUGCAUGAAAUUCCGAGCGAAAUGAGGCUUAUUUCUAUUGAAAAAUGCAAGUUCGCUCCAUUGAACUUAUGGCAAAAAAUUUAAAUUUUCAAAUUUUCACGGAACUGUAUGAAAAUGUCCAAGUAUGCUCCAAUGAACACUAAGCGCUAAACUGUUAAGAAAUUUGUUAAGCUUAGAAGCAACACUGGUAUGAUAUUAAUUAAAAAUUACAAUAGUGCUCCAAUGAACACUAGGUGCUGAAUUUCAAAUUUUUUGAGAAUACUCAAGUUCACUCUAUUGAACAUGGGGCGCUAAAUUGACAUUUCCAAAUAGUGCAUGAAAUUCCGAGCAAAAUGAGGUCAAAUACAGCCGACUUCUAUUAAAAAAUGCAAGUUCGCUCCAAUGAACACUAGGCUCUAAAGUAAAAAUUUCAAAUUCUGCAGUAAAAUUAACCCAAACACUAUUGACUUUUAAAGAAUACGCAAGUGCGCUCUAUUGAACACAUAGCGUCAAAUUUAUAUUUUCAAAAUCUAUAACAAAUAUCCAAACGCGCUCCACUGAACACCACAUUCUUCCAGAUACAAAGACCACGAUUUCAUGGGUUAUCGCUGCGAAUUAACAUGGUUCCGCGACAUUCGUCGCUUCACCGCCUAUCAGCGAAUGAAGGAGGAUCGCAAUAGUCCACCGCGACGUCGUCAGCGAUCAGACUCGCCGCCAGUUUCCGCCGCUCCACCGCGUCGUUCCCGCACUCGCUCGCGAAGCACACGUCGCACAUCAUCGUCGUCAUCGCGCGAAUCUUCGCGAAAUUCGUCGCGGGCCUCCUCGCGACGCUUGUCGCCGGUGUCUUCGCGUUCGCAGAGUGUUGGUGUUGCGUCGACCGUGGCGGCUGCACCGAAGGAUAUUCCGUUGCCUGUGGCUGCAGUUGCAGUUGCGGUUCCGGAGCGGAAGAAAGUUGAAGAGGUGGUGGCUCCGAUUAUUCAACCAAAGGAGAUAAAGAUAAAUUUGAAGGUAAGGCUAGGCUUAGACCGGCCAGAAUGUUAGGCUUGGCAAUCUGGUUAGGCUUAACAAUCAUUUAGGCUUAGCCAUUGUCUUAGGCUUAGGUAAUCUUUUAACCUUAGGUUUAGGCUUAGGCUAGACGUUCAUGUUAGGCUUAACCACCCUCUUAGGCUUAGGUAUUCUCUUAACCUUAGGUUUAGGCUUAGGCUAAACAAUCAUGUUAGGCUUAGCCACCCUCUUAGGCUUAGGCAUUCUCUUAGGCUUAGCCAUUCUCUUAGGCUUAGCCAUUCUCUUAGGCUUAGGUAUAGGCUUAGGUUGAACGAUCAUGUUAGGCUUAGCAAUCUGGUUAGGCUUAGCCUUCAUCUUAGGCUUAGCCAUUUUAUUAGGCUUGUUUAGGCCAACCCUCCUCUCCACAAACGUCUAUUUUUCCAGGUCGAGGUCCCUGAUACAGACACCUAUCCGAUGAACAAAUUCCAACCAAUAACCGCUCAAAAACUGGAGCCCGAAUUGCCAAAAGCCGCCGAGCCCUCCCCAACAAAAAUUCCCGAAUCCUUCCCAACAACCAGCAAAUAUUUCGGACAUCUCAAAGAAUUCCAAACCAAUCUACUCUACACUAUCAAAUAUCAGAAGAAGACGGAUGCGGAGGAGUUGAAAACGCUGAAAUUGUCGGCUGAAAAUGAGUUGGAUGAGGUCGAUGAGGAGGAGAAGGCGCUGUUGAGAGAGUUGAAGUUGGCGAAACUCAAUGAGGAACAGGUUUUGAGAUUGACUGUGAGGAAGAAGAAGUUUGAGGAGGUGAGGGGAACCUUAUAUCUAUAGAUUUAUAUACCAUUCGACUGCAAAUGUUCUGCUGAUCAUUUUGAUACCUAAACUUGAUAUUUUAAAUCACCCCUAUCCCCUUUUCUCCCUUCCCGAAGCUCCAAAAUUUUCCAGGCUUACCGCUCAGAUUGCGAAACCUACGCGAUCGUCACUCGCGCACUUCUAAGCAAAGAUCCCAGCCUCGAAGCCGGUCUAAAAUUGGCAUUCUUGGAGAAUAUUGAUGAAUUGUAUCAAAAAAUGAUGGACCGUGUCGAUGAUUUUAUAAAUACUUUGUAA